GCAACCAUAAAGGCCGUUAAGUGCCAGUCAUCGUAACGGUCCCAUCUAGUCGGACGACACUACCGUGCACGUUACGUGAUACGCCCCGCGGCCUCCUUAACGCUGUCAGUGAGCCAUUGUGAAGCGCGCAGACCAGACCAUAGCCCAGCACUCAGCACCAUGCCCCACUACAGGACAUCCAGGCUCCUCGUCGUCCCGAUUCUCCUCAGCUGCUGCCUGAGUGGUGUGGUCGGACUGUGGGGCCUCACCGUGACAGGGGUAUGUGAGAGCGAUCGCCAGUGUAUCCAGGCUCGGGGCCAGAAGUCGUGCUGCGCGCCGCUGGGCCUACGGGACCUGUUCUCGGGGAUCCCCGUCUGCAAGCCGAUGGGCCUGCGGGGCGACCGCUGCCACAUCGCCGGGGACUACCUGCCCUAUCCGCUGGACGCCCCGAGACGCUUCUGGCGCUGCCCCUGCGCCGACGGCCUGUCCUGUCUGGCGCCCAGGGGCAAGGUGCUAGGCCGCUGCGAUUAUCCACACAUGCGCUGAUGAUGACGUCACCGGCGCGACCGCCAUCUUUGUUCGGUGAUGACGUCACCAGCGCGGCCGCCAUCUUUGUUCGGAGAUGACGUCAUCGGCACGACCGCCAUCUUGCUUCUAGAAAUUUGCAUAUGCGGACGGGCGUGUCCUUUAGUAUGACCUUGAAUGGUGAACUGUUAUCUAACAAAUGAACUGUUGUUUGACAGCCUCAGUAACCACAGUAAAGCAAGAAAGGUCGCUUGUCCAGUAUUUGGUUUUAGGAGCACAUAUCAAGGAAAAAUUGUACCGGAUAACUAAGAGGAAAUAGUUAACAUUUCUGUCGAAUUGUGAUGCAUUUUAGAAGAAAAUUAGUGUUCAACAUCCAGUGAGAAACUCUUCUUGUAGAUAACCUUGAAGUACACCACUGCAUUUGUCAUACUACAAUUCAAAGAUUCAUUGAAAACACUUUGAAAUGGAGGCAGUGCAGAGGGGAGUUUAUAGUGGAGUAUGCCCGCUAUAAUUUUUUUCCUUAUAACAUUUCAAGUCCAUGCCUACUACAUUUGAGUAUACCUAUUUGAGUCCUAAUGUUGUGUUAGGAAAUAUCAAAGAUUCAGGUCCGAUUUUGACCUUACAUGAUACAAUAUUCACAAAUACGAGCUGGGCUCUUGAAUGUACAACUUAAUAAUUCACAAUAAAAGUAUGAUGACUUGAAAA